GGAUGGGUUGGUGUGGACUCAAUGAGCCAAAUAGCCUGCUUUCACACUGUAAUGAUUCUAUGAUUCAAUUAGCUCAAGACUGACAGAUUAGUACACAUUAUUGUGUUCUGUCUUUAGUGUGAAGGAGUAAUUGUAAAGAAUUUUGCCAACCUUCUUUGGAAGAAGCAAGAUAUGUUGUAGCUAUUGAGAAGAAAGUGCUAACAGUGGAUUGUGAUUUUUCUGUUCCCUUGCACCCACAUUUAAAUCUAUUCAAACAUGUUCAAGAUUUUGAUUUCAAAGACCACCAGUUCUGUUAUGAAAGCCAUGGAAUUAAUUGCCAUAGGCUAGGUGGGUAUCAGACUUGCCCUGUUGAGGCAAGUCUGUUAAUAUUUUACUUCCCUUUCAGUUUUAAAUCGUGCUAAUUUGAGGCUUUCUUCUCCAUUUUGAAAAGAUAUUUGCACAGAUAUCUUUAAAAGCAUUACUUAUAGAAUUGUACUCAACACAGUGUGAACUUUCUGCAAUCAGGCUGUUUUUAAAAAAAAUCAAAAUAAAGUUUGUCUGUCUGCUCUUAAGUGCAAUGCUUCACUAAGGUUUAAUUUUUAAAUUUAAAUAUUUAGGUUGUGAGCAUUAUAAUGUCUCCUGUGCAAGUAAAACUAAUGAUAGACGCUAUGGUUAGAUCAUUUUUAUUGACUGUGCAAGAACUCAGCUACACCUCUCCUUAAAACAGCAGUAAAAUUAAUCUCAAUUUAACACUGGUGAGCCGAUGGUAGCUACCAGUUUCCCUGAUCUGGCAUUGAUGCUUAAAACAUUGUUAGCUACAUAUAAUUUUGAGCUUAUUAGAUGUACGUUUAUAGUAUGAUACUAGCUAUGGGUGUUGUAUGUUACAAGUUUGCAGUUUGCCCACAAUUUAGCAAAAAUCAAGGUUUUAAAUAUUCACUAACAACAUCUUCAACUUUUAUUUUAACAGCGUAUUCUGAGAAGUUCCUGAUGGUAUACUUCAAAUCACCGGUGAGAUGGUAAAGGUUAGCCUUUGGCUGAGCAUGGCGGAUAAACAGAAGACCAAGACUGGUUUGCCACUGAGUGGCCCAAGCACUGAUAUAAAUGUAUCUUCCAGCCACACGGUGGGGUAUUUGGGAAAAUUUUCUGAAAAUACCUCACUCAGUCAAGAGCAAUACUGUCCUGCCUGUGCUGCAAAAGGAGAAAAUAAAACUUUGCGCCGAUACUAUAUAAGUUUAGAGGAAUCCAUUCUUCUUUGUGAAAGUCCACAGUGUGUCUUUCCUUUGGGAUGUAAACCAUUGAAUGAGAUCCUCAUUUCACCUACCUUGUCUCGACCGUCAGUUCAUACUACGAAGAGCGUAUUUGGAUCAGUUGCACUAGUUCCUCUGCAUAAGCGGAACGUGAAACGACAGAAAACUUCUAAUUGUAAUAAUAAAGACUUUUUCAAUGAAUCUUGUGAUGUACCCAAGGAAGCAUUUCAACCAGUUGAAACUGACCUAAAUAAAAUAGACAAUUUUGUCCCUUGUUCAGAAAAUGGAAGCAAUCAUAAUACAGUUAAUUCUAGUGAAAGAAAUGGCAUUGUUAUCCCUCAUAAGGCAGUUCCUGUGGUACCUGAUCAGUUAUACGGCAAGAGAAAGGAACCACCGACUGAAUCUGAACAUUCUGGUCAGACUAAAUUGGAAGUUCCAAUUGUGGGGUCACAGGUUGAACAAUUAUUUCUUCAGUGGAAGAACACAUCUGCUCUCUGCUGGCUAGACUGCAUAUUGACAGCUUUGGUCCACUUGAAAGUGCUAAGAAAAUUAAUGCCUAAUCUAGAGACGGAAAUGGAAUCUCCAUUUAAGAAACUGUACACAGCAUAUGAUCAGGCCUGUGACCUGGUAUCUAACUGCCAAAGCCGUUGCAAAGGAGUCCCCGAUAGCCCAGUCUUUGCUUUUCCACAACUCCUACGGCAGGAUCCAAACGUUGAGGCGCUGUUCAUGCAAUCAUAUAUUUGGAGCUUUGAAUGCACGAAGUGUGGCUAUAAAUGUGAGGAGAAAUGUCAGAAAACCUUGCUUACAUUUACAAACAUAGUUUCAGAUUGGCACCCACUGAAUGCUGUUCAUAAAGCAACCUGCAAUAAAUGUCGAGAUAAAGAUCAAAAAAGGAAAAUGCUUUUAGAUUGUGUGUCAUCAAUAUAUAUGCUACAUUUUGUCGAUGGUUUACCACAUGCAGACUUGGACAUUUACAGAUUUGACUUUCAAGGCAACUCAUACAAAAUCUGUACUAUUAUUCAGUAUUUGCAAGCUGUGAAACACUUUGUGACGUGGAUCCAAAAUUCUGAUGGGUCGUGGCUUGAAUGUGAUGACUUGAAAGGUUCUAAUAGUUGUCGGCAUUCAGUUUUAAAUGUUCCUGCGUAUGAAAUUCACAUUGUCAUCUGGGAAAAGAUUGGCCUUGAAAAUCCAACACGAAGCAGCAACAUGUUUUCAUUUAGUUAUUCAACCUCUACAACUGUCCCAACCUUGACAAGCAAUGCCACUACCUCUGUGUCACAGCAGCUCUGUGAAACAUCAUUAAAUAGUCCUGUUCGGUUAAGUUCAGUCAAGAAACCAAUGAUCAGUACACAUCCUGAGAUUACACCUAAUGCAAACUGUGUAAAGGCAGGUGAACAAGGCACUUCAAAUAAUAACUUGCUUUCAGGUUUGGAACAUUUGACAGAUGAUGCAGUGGUAACGCUGAAUCUUGUGGAAGUUAAAGUAGACAAUGAGGGGAACCCAGUGGACAAUUCACAAUUCACAUCAAGUGCUGAACAAGACGAUUUGCAGAAUCAGCAGAAAACUCUACAGAAUUCAUCUCUUGUGACUCAGGUGGCUGCUGACCAUGAUGUAUCCGUACAAUCUUGUACUGAUACACAGUAUUCUAAGGACAUUUUCCAACAAAUAAACCGGGCAACUGUCAUAGAAGGUGACAUGCCUCAAAAAAAUGUUUUAGAAUCCAAAGCAUCUUCAUGGCCACCUAGACCAUCUCGGCUACAAGAAAUUGCUGUGGCUGGUGCCUCAUCUGCAGUAUUACGAAAAGAUAAUUUAACAAGUUCAAAUGCCUGUCCUCCUCACGAAAGAAAAACUGCAUCCGAUUGUUCAGAAAUGUCUAUACAGUCAAAGGCAAAAGUACAAAAGGAAGAUCACACCAAAAUCCCAGUAUCUGAGAUCUUGAAAAAGUCUACUGUAAAUGGGUCAUCGGCUGAUAUUUCUCAACCUGUAGCAGCUAAAAGAAGCUUUGCUGUAGGUUGGACGAGGAACUUGUUCAACCGUCACCUUUCAACGCUGGCAAGCAACCAACCUAGAAUAUUGCCUCGGAAUGAAGUUAAAAAUGCUCCCAAAGGCAAUGUUUCAUUAAAAACGUUUGAUCUAAAGUACCCUGUAAAGGAGCGUUUUGAUGGUUUCAAGACCAAAUAUUCCUCAAAACGUGCACAGAGCGUCAAAGAAUUAUCUGUCUGUCAAGAUUCAAAUAUCCCUAAUGCUGCUUGUAUACAAAAUGACAACUAUUUGCCUCAAAAUUCGGGUAACAUGAAGGAGAACUGCAAAAUGUUGUUGCCUAAGACAGUCCCUUCUGGUAUCCAUACAUUAAACAAAACAUUUCUUAAUUCAUCAAAAUGUGCUGAUCUCUCAAAAUGUGAAACGAGGACUUGUAAUAUGAAGAGUCAGUGCUCCAGUUCAAACAAGCAAACAGAACUGAAUUAUGCCAGCUCAAAAGCUCAUAGUCUUCGUCUCAAGUUGCUCAAAAAACUUAAAGACAAAAAAGAUCAGCUAAGUUCGCUUGACCAGCUAAUGAAGAUUAAGCAGUUGGGUGAAUUUGACAAUGUAUAUGCUAGUACUUCUAGUCUUGAAGGACAGUUAAACGUUGCAAACAAUGGAAGUGCAUUGUACGAUGAUGUAUUGAAUGAACUUUGGCGUGAGCUUGGCGUUGAAAAUGAUAAGUCAGUUUAUACAGCCAGUUCAAGUGCUUCAUUGAAUAGUAGCCCAGACCAUGAUGAAUUACUUGCAGAACUUUUCACCCCACCUACAACCGCUACUACAUCUAAUUAUGUGCAAAGUAGUGACUCAUGGCUUUGUGGAAGAGCAGCAAACUGUAAACCAAGUAAUGACUGUACCACAGCUCCAAGGACUGUUAGUGGUGACCACAUAUCACCAGUUUACGAGAGCCCCACAAAGGAGGAAAUGUUAGUAGAUUUGUUGUCCACAUCCACUCUUAACUCUUUAACGGGAGAUCACGAUGAAUUGCCUAACUUUGAUGAAAAUCUUUUUGAAAACUGCUAGGAAAUGGUCAUUUUGAUAAAGCAAUGAGGAAAUAUUGUCUCCUAUAAUUUAGAACUUACUGAGUAAAUUGUGUCCAGUUUCUUGCAUGUUUAAAAAAGGUUUUUUAAAUUUUGAGUCAAAUGAAUGGUUAAUGCAUUCUGUGAAUGUACUUAAUUUGUUUUCAGGUAGUUUGUGGUAUUUGCAAGAUGUGUGAGGUUGCAAUGACACUACUGAAUAAAAUAUUGGUAAUGCAUAUUUAAUACAUGUUGCUGACAUCCUGUUAAGAACAAAAAAGUAAACCAGAUGUUCUUGACAAAUGGAGUUCAAUUUGCGGUUAGUGCUUUAAUAUAUUUGUGAAUACCAUAUUUUUGUUAAAAUUAAUUUGAAGUGCAAUUUGUUAACCCUUAUUAUUUGUAAACUGCAAAUAUUUAAAUCAUUUGCAAUGAUUAUAUUUCAAAUAUUUUGAAAAUGUUAUUACAGACAGACUAACAAAAUUGAGUAAAAUCAAAUUAACAGUUUACUGAAAAGAUUGACUAAGUUCACUAGCAUGAACCAAUUGAUCUAUUGGAAUAAUUUCAAGUCUGUAAUGCUAUCUGAGGUCAGCUAUAAUCCACUUCAGUUUGGAUUGUUGUUCCUGUCAUCUAAAUUCAUUCAUUAGAUUCUUAUUCUAUACAUUCUCCGUCACGUGUACUUUUUACUUAAAUGGAAAAAUGUAAUGAGAAAUAUUUGCCAGUCAUGCAAUAUGGUUUAUAAUUGCGGCAAAUGAUAGUUCUUUCAGUUAAAGUUGUGAAGGGAGCUAGACUUGCAAUUUAAUUUAGCAUAUCAUGUAAAUAAGGGUGACGUUUUUGAAAUAAAUUCAGUCACUAUUGUGAUAUGUUUGAAAAAAGACAAGAUGCUUGAGACAAACAGGCCAAUUAGGAUCUGUGGAGAGAAGAUCGUUAUUAAUCUUGUGGGCAGGAGCCUUCUUCAGGCUUCUGUCCAACACAUCAACUGGUUUUCUCUUCAUGGAUGGUGUUUUUUCAACUUUUUAAAUUUUCUUUCAGAGCUCCAACAUUUGUAGUUCCUGAGUUAUUUUAUUUUGUAUAAUGCAAAUGUUGUUUCAUGGGUUUUGAAAGUUCAAUGUAGAAAUUUGUGCUGGAAGCUCUAAGAUAUGGAUAUGUUUUGUUAAGUGGGCACAAAGUUAAACUGAUUUAUUUAAGGGAUGUUUUGAUAUCUAAUAAAGUUUACUGUUCUUAAUGUUUGAAGUCUGUAUAAGCCAUGCAUAUUAUGCUGAGAAUUACACUAGUAGAACAUUACUCGAGCCAGACCAUCAAUACAAGACAAAGCAAAUAACAAUUUUAGUGGACUCUUAGUAGCCCAGAGUACUUUAUAUACUUUCCAAUGCUCGUGCAAAAUUAUUUGUGGUGUAUUUAGUUUUAGUUCCUCUGACUUUGUAAGUUAUUAGCUGUUUGGUCUUUGUACUUUCAAUAAAAAUGUUGUGCUGGUCAAGCGACCAAACAAUAAACUUAUUCCAAUUUACCUAA